AAGUAAUUUGCUUUCAAGAUACGAAACGUGGUAUCAACGUGGAACCGCUUAUGAUGAUGAAGCAGCAUUGAAGAGCUACGUUGAGGUUUCGAUGUUGCAUUUGCUGCUGUACUGAUUGCAAGACAUACCAAAAAGGUCUACCGAUAAGUGCGAUAAUGGUUGCUGAAAACUAAUGUUGCAAGUGCUUAGAACGAUAACAUUUUGACUUUCUUAGCGUUUGCGCUCCCACCUUGAAACUGGAUUUCUCAUCUUGAAAAGGUCUUGCUACCGAAUCGGACGACGGAAGUGAAUCCAAUUAAAUCGUAAACUCCUAAAAUACUUAUUUGCAGCUUUUAUCACACAAGAUCUGUGCAAAAAGAGGCUUAUAUAACAUACCUUGAUGAGCGAGAUCAUAUGCUAGAAGACUUAUCGAUAGAAGUAAACUCGGACGACUGCGAGAGCGAAACUGCUGUUAUCGAUUUUCCCCCGGAAGGCAAACGUCAUGCUCUUGCCAUGCUUUCAAACACCGCGCUACGGCACGGGAAGAUGACUACAUGGGGGCAUGGCAGAAUAAAAUUAAUGUUGUAUCAUCGGAUUCAAUGGGAUAGAAAGUACUGACUAACGAUUUAGCUGCAUAUGCGUCCCGCCAGCUGCUAUCGUUCAAAUAUAAAUGCGAACUGUACGAGAUAAAACGCGUGAAAUUUGGCACAACCGUUG